UAUUUCUGCACUUUUUCAUACCCAUAGUUUCGUAGUUUUUUUUAUUUUGUUUCAAUGUUUAUCUCUGCACCUUUUCAUACACAUAUGCUGUUGAUUUUCUUCACAACCAUCCUUUGGGUUCUUGCAAAAGUUGAGGCUCAAGGAAAUGUAAGUGUUGGUGAUUCUCUUUCUGCAAAUGACAAAAACGGUGCAUGGCAAUCACCAUCAGGUGAUUUUGCCUUCGGGUUUCAUUCCAUUUCUGGUGAAAAAGAUAAGUUUCUUCUUGCAAUCUGGUAUGCUAAGAUACCCGAAAGAACCAUUGUCUGGUAUGCUAAGAUACCCGAAAGAACCAUUGUCUGGUUUGCUGAUAACCCGGCAAUCGAUAGAGAAUCGAAGGUUGAGCUCCUUCCGACUGGUCGUCUUGUGCUUACAGACCCUACUGGCAAAGAGUUGUGGAGGUCUCCGGGCAUUACUGGUGAUGCUCCAGUGUCUCAUGCAGCCAUGCUCGACACAGGGAACUUUGUGAUUGUAAGCAGAAACUCGACCAACAUAUGGGAAAGCUUCAAAUAUCCGACCGACACCGUCUUACCGGGACAAGAACUUGGUGUCGAUGGAUAUCUUUUAUCAACUUUGUCUGAAACAAGUUCAGGUAAGGGGAAAUAUCAACUUCGUUUUAGUGAUGGAUCUUUUGUUCUUAAUCAACUAGAUGUGUUCACUAGAAAGCCUUAUGAAGAUUACGCUGUUUUGGGAAAUGGUUCUCGGUUUGUGUUCAACAAGUCAGGGCAUAUCCAGAUCUCGAAUUCAAAUGGAAGUCUAGUCGAGGUUGCACCAGUAAAUGCUGUUCCCAAACCAGAGUUGUACUACUACAGGGCGACGCUUGACUUUUAUGGAGUUUUCACUCUAUAUUAUUAUCCAAGGAACCCCGGUGGUGGUGGUGGAAGCUGGUCUGCUUUGUGGUUUACGCCGAGGAACAUAUGUCGUCGCUUUGUCGAGAGAAGGACCAAUUCCGGUCGGGAUACAUUUGGAACGAACCCUUGCGGUUAUAACAGCAUUUGUGAACCUAUCAAUGCCAAUGGGAGGCCUAAUUGUACAUGUCCCCCUGGAUUUUCUUUCUUGGAUGACAGCAAUCAAUAUGCAGGCUGCAAACAAGAUUAUGCAAACUACCCUGCAGAUUGCAACCCUGAUGGAUCCACCAUUGGGGAAGAUCGGUUCGAGUUCAAGUCAAUGUCGUUUGCCGAUUUUCCUUUCGGUGACUAUGGAGUUUUGCAGCCUGCAACCGAGUUGGAAUGUAGGCAAUCUUGCCUCCUUGACUGUUCUUGUGCAGUUGCCAUUUUGCAGGAUCCAACUUUAAGUGAAGAUGGCAGUGGAACUUGUUGGAAAAAGAAACUGCCACUUUCAAAUGGGUUGUUUGACAGAGAUCGCGUUGAUAGGACAGCUCUAUUUAAGGUACUUAAGUCGGACGCCUCGAGGACAAAACCAGCCAGGCCGAAUCAAAGAGAUGAAAAUCGAAAUCAAAUAAUUUUGAUCCUUGGGGUUCUCCUAGGCACCUCUGCAUUUUUCAACUUCUUUUCUCUAGCUGCAAUUGCUCUGAUCUUCUUCUGCUUAUUCCGAAGAAGACUUCAUGACUUAACCGGUGUUCGUAGUAGAAGAAACUUAGAGACUAAUGUGCAGUUUUUCGAAUACAAAGAUCUCGAGCAUGCCACGAAUGGAUUCAAAGAAGAACUAGGAAGGGGUGCUUUCGGCACGGUUUAUAAAGGAGAAUUGCCAUUCGGUUAUGGAGAUCGUGUUGCAGUCAAGAAACUAGAAAAUUUUGCCCAAGAUAGUGAAAGGGAAUUCAAAACCGAAGUGAAGGUCAUCGGCCAAACUCACCACAAGAACUUGGUGAGACUAGUUGGCUACUGUGAUGAAGGUGAACAUAGACUUCUGGUGUACGAGUUCAUGGAAAAUGGUUCGUUGUCAAGCUUCCUUUUCGGAGUCCUAAGGCCUAGUUGGCAACAAAGAUUGCAAAUUGCAUCAGGGAUUGCAAAGGGACUAACAUACUUGCAUGAAGAAUGCAGUAAACAGAUUAUCCAUUGUGACAUAAAGCCACAGAAUAUACUGUUGGACGAGUCGCUCACCGCGAAAAUAUCCGAUUUCGGGUUGGCAAAGCUUCUAAUGAACAACAAGACACAAACGCAGACAGGCAUAAGAGGGACAAAAGGCUAUGUAGCACCCGAAUGGUUCAGAAACACCCCAGUUUCGGUUAAGGUCGAUGUUUACAGCUUCGGGGUGGUGUUGUUGGAAAUCAUAUGUUGCAGAAGAUGUGUUGAAGUAGAAAUGGAAGAAGCGGCAAUAUUAACAGAAUGGGCCUUCCAAUGUUACAGUGCAGGGAUGAUUGAAAAACUGGUCGAAAACGAUGAAGAAGCUACGGUUGAUGUUGCAAAAUUGGAGAUGUUGUUGAAAGUGGCGAUCUGGUGUGUUCAAGAAGAGCCAAUGUUAAGGCCUUCCAUGAAGACUGUUACAAUGAUGCUUGAAGGUGCUGUACAAGUUCCUAAUCCACCAUGCCCUUUCCUACUCGAAACUGUGUCAAUGUCUACAACAUUGAUCUAGUUUCGAUGUUGUUAAAAGUGGAUUGAAGAUCGAUUCGGAGAUAUCUCUGGUUUCCUAUUCGGUUGGUUCAUAUAUAAUCUUGUUAAGGUAUACAUGUAUUAAUAUCUGUGCUUAA